UCGGAAAGGAUUCCUCUUCAGGCGAGUUGGUGCUCAGAUCUAUCUAUGGAUUGGAAGAAGUCUCAGAAUCACGGAUUAUGCUGAGCAGGAAAGGAGGCACAAGGAUCAUCAAGUUCAGCUCCUGGCCCUGCACAGGGCCAUCCCCAAGAGCCACACUACAUGCCUGAGAAUAUGUUGUCACCUGCUAAUGUACUUUAACUUCCAAAAUUGAAAAAUAAAAGCUAAAGUGAGGACAGUGUGGACAGCACCCAGACAUUUUUAAUACUUCAUGAAAAAUGCCUCUCAUGUGAUGAGACCUACCUGCCAAUGAAAAUAGCUCCAGAAGCAGUAAGCCUGAUGUCUCAGACCUGCUGUUCUGAGGAAAAAGCACUUGAAAGAUGUGCAUCUCCAACAAGUGUCUGUCAGAAGGUUUGCAUCAUUCAAUCUCUUUUCAAUAGAAGACCAGAGUACAGAAGAGGAAACUGGGACCUGGGUUCAGUAUAGAAGCAUCUUUUAUCCCAAGUACAGUGUCUCCUUAAGGUUCAGUUUUGUAUCUACUUUACUUGGUUUGCCUCAGGAAGUUUGCAGCAGUAACUUAAGAAUCCCUGAAUUGGUGCUUGUUCUGCAGCAACUAAUUACAUCUCCGAAGAACUAAAUAAAAAUUGAUGCUCCUUCGUAAUGUUUUCCUGCUGAUAGUAGUUUCUGAGAAACACAAUCCUCCUGAUGAAUGGAUUUCAGUGCUGGGACUUCGCAGACUGGUGAUUGUCCCCUUGUUUUUCCCCUGGUGGCUACAGUAGCACCUUUUUGCUGCUUCACUGUGAAAGGGGAUGGUGAGAAAUUUCACAAUGGCCUCUUAAAUGUUAAAGAUGUUCUUACAAGUUUUGACAACACGGGGAAUGUCUGUCUCUGGCCAUCUGAAGAAGUGCUGGCUUACUACUGCCUAAAGCAUAAUGAAAUAUUCAGGGACCUUGCUGUGUGUGAGCUAGGGGGUGGCAUGACAUGCUUGGCUGGGCUCAUGGUUGCUAUUUCUGCAGAUGUCAAAGAAGUUCUGUUAACUGAUGGAAAUGAAAAGGCCAUCAAAAAUGUAAAUGAGAUCAUCACAAGAAACCAAAAUGCUGGAGUAUUUAAGGCUCAGAAGGUGUCAAGCUGCAUUUUACGAUGGGAUAAUGAGACAGAUGUCUCUCAACUGGAAGGACAUUUUGACAUUGUUAUGUGUGCUGACUGCCUGUUUCUGGACCAGUACAGAGCUAGCCUUGUUGAUGCAAUAAAGAGAUUACUCCAGCCCAGUGGAAAAGCAAUGGUAUUUGCUCCACUCCGAGGGAAUACUUUAAACCAGUUUUGCAAUCUAGCUGAAAAAGCUGGUUUCUCUAUCCAAAGACAUGAAAAUUAUGAUGAACACAUUUCGAACUUCCACUCCAAGUUGAAAAAUGAAGAAAAAGAUACAUAUGAGGAAAAUCUCCAUUACCCUUUUCUUCUCAUUUUAACCAAGCAGAGAUAGAAGAUUGCACCUUUUUUUUUUUAAGAUGGACUGCUGAAAAUUAAUCCAUGUAUGUGGAUGGUCAGGCAAUGUAGAAUGUUCAUUUUCCCCCAUUUAUGUCCCUGAAUCAUCAUUGGGGAAAUAUUUCUAAUCUAAAUGCUGAGAAAGAUAUUGUGGCUCGUUUUGCAGAGUAUAAACAUUGACAUCUUUUUUUUGUAUAAUUUUAGAAGUUUAUUUUUCCAAUUAUAUUCCAGCCUUAAACUGAUAGGACUUCACAUGUAUGCAUUAACAAAGGUGUAGAGCUGGCUUCCUUCUCUUUUGUGCCUUUAAACUUGCAUGUACUUUGUUGAUAUCUUUAAAUGCUAUUUUGAGGUGUAUUUGAAAAUAUAUGGAUAAUAUACUUUGUGGGCUUAGAUAAUUGGUUGUAAAGAAGUGAAUGCAUUGACACUUAAUUAAUAAGGAAAUAGUUGUCUGAAGAUCUUCUUAAAGUGUACCUAUUGAAUGCUUGUAUUUUGCUGCCUUUUUUUUUUUAAUUCCACUGUUGAUUUUUCUAUCCAUGAUUGAAAUGUCCUCAUUUGUUUUAGUGUUGAAGGCCCCUUUUCUAUAUGUGUGUAUGUAUGUUUUUUUCCAGCAGGACUUUUCCUCCUGUAGAUGUAUAAGAAAUUAUGCAUCAGACAAAAGCCUCAUAAACUGACCAUUUGUCCUUUGGACACAAUAGCCUGCCCAGCCCCUCUGCUCCUCCUCUCCAAUUAUGUGUGAUUAGUCUCAGUGUGUUGUGUCAAGAAGGGGGAGUGUGCUGAGUGCUUAUUAUCUGUUUAGGUACAAGAAGAGCACAUUUAGGUUCUGACUAUGAAUGGAAAGUGAGUCUUUAUCAGGACUAAAAUCUAAAUGCUACUAUCCUAGAAAUUGCUUUCAUAAAAACACAUGCUUUUUUUUGAUAAAUUCCAAGAAACACUGUAAGAACUAAAGGAUUUUAUAAUGUAAUCAAACUAUCUCCCUUGAAUUAGUUUCUAUUGUGAUAUACUGUGGCCCAUAUAUUUGAUAUAUACUUAAUGUGUUUUUUCUUGUACUGGAAAAGACAUAAAUCCCACAAAAAAAAACAGGAGCAGUGUCUGAUUUCUUAACAGUUUAACAGACUGUUUUAAUGACUUCUCAGUAGCAGUCUUUAAGCCACAACACUUUUAAAAUGUUGAAAAAAAGAGAGAGGCAGAGACCAUGACUGAGAGAGGAAGAUACUAGCUGCAAGCAAGUGUAGAGAAUCCUGCUGAAAUACAUUAAUUAAAAGAAUUGCAAUUUGACAAUAAGCAUUCUUCCAUAUUCAACUCAUUGGCCAGCAUGUAAACCACAAGCUCCUGAAAGUCUUUUGCUCUUCUGCUUCUUCCCAAAUAAAUUUCUUCACUACCAGUUUGCACGUCCUUGUAUUCAGUACUUUUUAUGCUCCAUUAGAGCACCUAGAUGGAUCUCAGAAGGCAUAGGUCAAGUCGCAGUUAGAUCAUACAUUUCUUUCGCACAAAAACUUGAAUUGCAAUGCCAAGUGAUGGGCUAACAUCACAAUAACAGCAAUUUAUUCCUCUUUUGAUAAAAAGCAGCCUAUUCUCGGUGUUAGAUAAAGACCAGGGGCAAUGCAAACCAACCAUUUAUCCUAGAACUGAGUAGUAUAGCUGGUAUGAGUUUCAUAUUCAAACUCCUGUUGGAAAAUACUUGUGCAGUAAGAAAUCAAAAGCAUUUAGGAGUAAUUUGAAAUUGCUGUGAAGAUGGCUUUAGUGUAAUUAGUUUUGUUUUGUUUGUCCCACACAGCAGUGCCUUUGUUUCUCUAAAAGCAUGUACAAGGAAAUCUUCAUAAUCAACAAAGCAGUGUGGAAAAUAGCGCAAUAUUAAAAUUUGCAAACCUUUUAUUUUGGAGAGGACUUGAAUGUCUGCUGUACAAUAAUCUAAUAAAGAUUGUUAGUUGCCAAAAA